AUGCUUAACAAAUCAGUUCCUCAAUAGAAAACUCUUUUGAAACAGAGACAAAGCCAGCCAAUAAGAAAAGAAAAAUUAUUGAAUAUUCUAAUUCUAAUAUUGCAGAUAAAAAUGAAGCAAAAAUUAGAUCAAAAUCAACAGCAAAAAGUUAAAAUACAAGAAGAUGGUCACCACGACUAAUAUAAUCAGAAUUAAUAAAAAAAUGCUACAAUAAGUAACUUUGAUAAGAUUGAGGAAUUGAGAAUAAAAACCUAUGACAUGACUUAGGAGCUGCAAAAGUUGAAUGACUUCAUUGACGAGUAAUCUUCAUUUAUAGAAAAUACCUAUGAUUAAAAAGGUGAAUCCUUCUUAGUUCCAGUAAAUGUCUGGGAUUAAAUUAAACUGUAAGCCAAAAAUAUACAGAAUGAGUAUGAAAUACGCUACUCAGAAUGGGAUGACCUUUUGAGUAACUUAGCUAGUGACAUAUAAAAAUUUAAAAAGCGAUGUAAGGUACUUCAGCAUAAAAUUGAUUUCGCCAAACAAAAAAAGCAUACCGACAGUGAAUUAAAUGCAUAAUUUUAGCGUUCUUUAAAAGACAUUGACUAGGUUUAUGAGAAAAAUAGAACACAAAUUUUCAGUAUAAUGGAUAAAAUAGAAAAUGUGGCAGUAAAUGAGCUUGUCUAGGCAAGGCAUAAGCUAAAUCAUAAAUAUUUGGGUAAUCUUAAGUUAGUUGAAAGAGAAAUGGAAGAAAUGUGUGAUGUUUUUAGUUAAAGUGGAAAAAUAACUGUCAAGGAAUUUAGAAAUUCUGAUUAUAACUCUUAAAGAUAAUUUGAACUCGAAAAAACAACUCCGAGAAGUUAGUUAGCUUAACAGCUAUCACAAAGAGGAAGAUCUUAGCCAUAAUAGAGACUAGGUGUCGAAAUAAUAAAUAAUUAAAAUGAGCAUAUAACUAAACCAAAUAUACCUAGACUCCCGAUUCAUAUAAUAAACAAUAACAACAAAAAGGAAUAGCAUUAAAUUUCAAAUCGCAUUCCUCCUUUACCUCCUUCGCAAUAAAGUGAGAGAGAUCGUUUAAAUUCAUAAAGAGGUCCUCAUAGCAGUAGAAAACAUUCUGGAAGAGGUUAAAAUUAGGCAAAUCAAUAUCAGUAACUCUCAUCAAGAUAAAUUACCUCGCAAAGAUCUGUGAUUUCAGCAGAGGGCUAACUAGUUGUAGAAUAAUGCAUGGCUAAUCCAGUGAUUUAAGGAGCUGUUCAUUAGCAAUGCAAGUUUGAGAAUGACUUAGAAAAUGAUUUCCCAGAUGCUGAACAGACACUAUUGUUUGAAACAGAACGCCUCAAGAUGUUUCCAGAUGAAUAUGAAUGCUUGAAAAAUAUGAAAACUGACGAUGAGAAAAGAAUUCUCGCUAAGUAAUACUUCUUUAUGAUUCAUGAAAGAGAAAUAAAGAAAUUGAUCAAGCAAGAGAGAAAAAAGAGAUAGUAAAACAAGUAAAUCUAGAUACAAUAAUAAUAGUAGCAAAAUGAGAGAACACAUAAAAAUAAAACACCUAGAGAUCAGAACAGAUAAAGUAUUGGCAGUGAUAAUGAAUAAACCAUUAAAGAUUCCUCAGUAAGCAGUGAGGUUAAGCAUAAUGUGAAGAGGAUCCAUUCCUAAAGUUCUUCCAUUUUAAAUGGGAAUAUGAAUCAAACUCUAAAUAACUCACAAAUUUCAUUUUAGCAGCAACUUCCUGCUCUAGGAACGAUUGAAAGAAAUCAAGCAUUUGAUAAAUAAAAUUUUAAAGAUGUCUAACUGUAUGAACUACUCGAUGUGCCAUCUGAAAUGGAUUUCUUACUGAAGACUGCGACUGAAAAGGAUAUUAUAUUAAAAAUAGAGUAGGAAUUGCUUAUGAAAUAAUAACUUCUCAGAGAAGAGAGGAAGCCUUUACCUUGGACUACAAGUGAUGAUGAUGAGAGCCAAAGAAGCAGUUAAAUAUCAAUUAGGAAAUCGAGAGAGUUUAUAGAUAAGAAUAAAAAGAUGUUCAAUAAUGGAGCAAUAGCCAUAAUAGAAAAUAGAAAUAGUAAAAACAAUGACAGUUCGAUGAUUGAUGGCUAAGAUGAAUCAAGUGGCAGUUUUUCUCCUUAGUCGAGUUCAUAGAUAGAUCAAAGUAUGUAAAAAGAUUAACUUGCAUAAAGCCAGUCAGAAAUUAAUUAAUCCCCGAACUAAAAUUGCUGCGAAGAUGAUGAGGAAGAGUACCUUGAGCUGACUCAAACCUAAUAAAUGCUAGAAAACCAGUAAAAUAACCAACUAUGGAAUAACAGUGGAACUAUCAACAAAAAGCAAUAUAAGAAAUAGUUACAAAAACUAGAAGUUAUUACUGAGAAACAAAGCGAAUUCUCUAGUUCAAUGAACUCUAACAAUUAAGUAAAGCCUCAAAAUUCUCACAGAAGUUUAAUGAGAAAUAUUGAAUGUAGAAACUCUGAAUAGUUAGGAAUGUAUAGAGUACUUUCAGCAAGAGAAACUCCUUGCUCUAAAAAUAUGGAUUCUAUCAUAAACUAGGCUGUGGUCAUAUUCAGCAAAAAUCAGUAAGAUUAGAUGGGCAGCAAGUCUGGUCAAAGAAAACAAGAGAAUGAAAGAGAUAAGAAAUAUAAGCGCUGCAAAAGUCAUAGAUCUAAUUUUGAGAGCGAGGUAAUAGUGCCAAACAGAUUUAGCAGUCACAAGUUCAAUAACGAAUAAAUUGAGCAAAGGAAUUUAUAAAAUAAUCCUUUCCAAUACUUUAAUAAGAACGAGAUGGUCUAGAAUAACAACUUUCUGAGUAUCUAAAUGGAAAAUUAAAGAGAGAUUAAUAUAGUUGAAAGCAACUAGCUAAACUUUACCUAACUAUCUUAUCAAACCAAUGAUAAAAAUGACUCUUUCCAACUCAACAUUCAAUAGUAUCAUUAGUACAAAAGCAAACUAAACUAAAAACACAAUAGUAAUUCACCAACGCUAAAUAAUUAAUUAAAUGUUAACAAUGGUAACAAUAACCAAUUUAGCAGUAUUUAGAAUCAAUUUGAAGAGUCAAGAGCUAGUAGUUUUAUGAAUGAGUCUUUUGAGGAUACCAAAGAUAAAGAUAAGCGCUAGUUAUAUAGAUCAACAAGUGAGGUGCUUAUCAGAGACUGCACAGAGAUGUAUGAUUUGGAUGAUUUAGUAGACCUAAACCAGAUCCAGCUACCAAUGAAUCAAAUCUAGAUUGGAGCUAACAACAUGAACCCAAGCCAGCUAUUCCUAGAAGAGAGCAAGGCAGACUACAAAAGCAUAUAACUAAAAUAAAGUUUACUAUUCAACAACAGAUAAAGUUCAUAAAUUAAUCAAGGUAGUGGAUCUAUUUCCUAGAAUAUUAUGCUUUAAUCAAAGAAUCCAAUAAUCCUAAAUAAUCAUUAGAUGACAGCUAAUAUGAUUUAAAACUUUCUUUAAAAUCAAACACACAAUAAAAUCUAGAUUGCUUAGGUUACCAGAGAUGUCACUACCUGUAAAAAAGACAUAAUCAAUAAUCAAACAAAUGGAAAUAGCGGCUUCACACUAUCAACUUUUACAGAAGACACUCUGUCCUAAAUGUUCCCUACUCAGAAAAGAACAAUUUAGAUUCUGUAAAACUUCAACAGCAACUAUUAUACUAAUUUUGCCGGAGUGCUGUUUACUUUGCCAGGAGGUGUGAACACUUCUAGUGGGAUGAUAAAUGGAGAUACUAAUCCUAAUAAUGGUGGAGUGCCUUCAAUUUAUUUACAGCAGUGCUCGACUCUUCCUUCAGAGCCAGGACUGAGCAGUGGCAACUGCAUGACUUUACAAGGUCUUAAAAGUGGAGCUCUGUAGAAGAACUCAUAAUAAACUCCAAGCAAUAUCAGAAUUCUGGACACCUCAAUCUUAAGCAAGGAGGAUAGCAGUCUGAUCAAGAAUCUUAUUAUAAAAAAUAGAUCAUAAAGUCAUAAUAAGAAGUUUGACCUUUCAAAGAUUAAAAUUACAAAGAAGUAAAUAGUUAAGACAUAGAACAGUGGAGUAUCUCAGAACCUGAGUUUAAUCUAAAACGGGAUUUAAUCGAUGAACAAGUCAAGUCUCAAUAACUCAGUAAUUCACUCUUCAAAUAUUUAACACUAACCGAUUUAAAUAAAACAGCAGCAGUAAUAUUAACAGCCAUCAUCAUAGUAACUAAGUCUAUAAAUAAAGCAAAGAAAACUACAACAAAUAUGA